UCUGUCUUGAAACAGUCAGGAAUUAUAUGCUUGAUAGACUUCAGUUCAAGCGCCCUCUCGCAGCAAAUCAAUUGCCCCAGAAGAAAAUGGCCGACAUGCUGACAGAAAUUGCCAUUGGCCUCCAGGCAUGCCUCCAAGUCGGCAGACUCAAGGAUGAGGGCAAGGCAGCCCCCGAGAUGAUUUCCCUGGUGAAGAGGAAUUCCUGUGGCAAGAGCCUGGAGAUUGCUCGCACAGCCAGGGACAUGCUUGGCGCCAAUGGUGUCGCCGAUGAAUACCACAUCAUCCGACAUGUCAUGAAUCUCGAGGCUGUUAACACUUAUGAAGGUACGCACGACAUCCACGCCCUGAUCCUCGGCCGAGCCAUCACGGGGAUUCAAGCGUUUACUUCCUGAAAACCAGUGUUAUAACAGCUCAUAUGUGAUGCAGAUCAAGUUUUAUUUCAAACGCCAUAAUAGAGUGUUCUGUUUCUGUGAUGAUGCGUUGAACCAAACGUGCAAUAAAAACCCAAACGACGUGAAACGUUUCAAGCAGAGCAGCAGCGGGUCCAGCGGAGAGCCAUGUGCCCCGAGUGGCUCAACCCGUCGAACGAAGCCUCCCAAUUCCCCAGCUUCUCGGGGACGAAGUCGUCCUUGCCGACACCCGGGACCAGGAUGCUGGUCUGGAACGAGGAACCGGAUGCCGCCUGGGCGUACUCGUCCUGGAUCCAACGAGAAAGCACCCUGCCUCUGUCAUUUGCAAUGACAAUUAUGGCAUCUGUAAUUCUCCAUACAGAUGUAAUUCUUGAGAUUUCACCCAAGACUCUUCAGUUGUUUCUGGUUGUGGAAGCAUUUGAUCUGAAAUGGUUCUACCAAGAACUUGAUCAUAUUCUGCCCUGUUGAGAGUCUAAAUGAGUGCAUGGAAUGUACUAGUAGAUUUGAAAAUAAACCUGAU